AUGUCACCCUCUGAGACUCAAGCAGGCGCCAAUGGUGCUCAGAAUAGGGCUCCGAUCGAAGUCACAAACGGGGUUGAGAAUGGUAGGCAUGUUGACGAGAAACCUUAUGAAGUCAAGCAACAAUGGUUCGGCAAGAAGAAUCACAUGAAGAUCAUUGGGCUAGGUUCAGGUAUCGGCGGGAUCGCGCUGGCAUACAAACUUCCACGAUUACUCACAAACUACACACUCACUCUCUACGAGAAGACGCCGAAGAUGUCCGGGACCUGGUGGGAAAACACAUAUCCUGGGGUUGCAUGCGAUGUUCCAGCACACAUCUACACGUACUCUUUCCAGGGUAACCCAGACUGGUCAACAUUCUAUGCAUACGGACCUGAAAUCUACCAAUACUACAAGAAAGUUGCAGAGGAACGUGAUUUGACAAAAGACAUUGUAUUCAACCGCGACGUUAUCUCCAUCAGUUGGGACGAUCCGAAGGGCAUCUGGAACGUGACGUUGCAAGAUCCUCGGACUGGUGAGUUAAGCUACGACUGGUGUCACGUCUUCCUGAACACAGGAGGCCGUCUCAAUAAGUGGAAGAUGCCGGAUAUUGCGGGCUUAGAUCUUUUCAAGGGACCUGUCACUCAUUCUGCCCACUGGGAUCAAUCAAUAGACUUCAAGGGCAAGACAGUCGGCAUCAUUGGCACUGGCAGCAGUGCAAUUCAAAUCACUCCCCAGCUGCAAAAAAUGUCUAAGAAUUUGGUGUGCUUCAUGCGUUCAGAAACGUGGAUUGCACCUCCGAUUGCCUCGGCGAUUGCACUGGCAGCAAAAAAAGAAGGGACUGGUGACGACAAGGAAGAAGUUAUCAACGGCAAAGCGACAACGGACAUCAGCCAAGCACAGUUCAAGUUCACCGAGGCACAGAAGAAACGAUUCCGGGAGGAUCCAGCGUAUCACUUGGAAUUCCGCCGAAAAUUGGAAAGCUCAAUCAACAUGGGCACAGACAUGUUUAUCAUGGGGACAGAAACGCAGAAGAAAGCCAUGGCCGCCUUCAGGCAAGAGAUGUUGACUAGGAUUGGUCCAGGAUUUGAGGAGCUGAAAAAGAAGAUCAUCCCAGACUGGUCACCAGGAUGUCGCCGCCUUACUCCUGGCGAUGGAUACCUCGAGGCAUUGACACAGCCCAAUGUUGAGCACGCUUUUACCGACAUAUCUCAUGCUACCGAGAACGGUCUCGUUACCGCAGACGGGAAGGAGCAUAAGCUUGAUAUCAUCGUUUGUGCCACCGGAUUCCACAUUCCCUUCCAGCCACAUUUCGAAGUCAUUGGUAAAGACGGAAUCAAAAUGAAGGAGGCCUGGGAUCCGGACCCAAACUGCUAUCUCGGCAUUGGAGGCCCUCAAUUCCCUAACUACUGGGUCACCAUGGGUCCGAGAGGUCCUUGGGGGAAUGGAGCCGUGCUUGCACCCAUGGAGACGUCAUGCGAGUACUUUGCGAAGGUGAUCAACAAAAUGCAAAUGGAGGACAUCAAAUGUAUGGAACCGAGGCAAGAUGCCACCGAUGAGCUCAUGGAGCACAUAGACGCCUUUCACAAGACGAGCGUCUGGACACAGCCCUGUCGUUCCUGGUACAAAAAGGGGAAGGCAGAUGGCAGGCCCUGGCUGUGGUCGGGCGGUGUCAUGAGCUAUCUGGCGGCGAUCAAAAACCCGCGAUACGAGGACUACCAUAUAACCUACAAGACUCGCAAUAGAUGGACCUAUGUUGGCAACGGCAGGAUGAAGGCAAACCAUUCGGAGGAGUAUCCUGACGAAGCCACUCAAAUCGCCGCUUUGGCUCCUUAUAUCAGGACCGAAGAUACCGACUGGGACUUUGACUAUUGA